UCACCCUAGCAACAUUAACAAGCAUUCCGGAAGAGUAUUUAAGGAGACUGAAACAAUUUUUCAACCCCUACCAUCAUGGGGGUGGUAUGGCUGGCCAAGUUCAUGCUGGGAUGUACAGCACUAUGGUAUGUGGAGCAAGCCCAAGGCCAGGUGGAACUCGGGGACCAUCAAGUGGACAGGUUUGCAGGCUAUGAAGACAGACAAGCCCUGAGAGUGAGAAGAAGAGGACAGGACACACUGAGAGGGCCAAAUGUUUGUGGAUCUCGAUUCCAUUCCUACUGUUGUCCAGGAUGGAAAACAUUACCAGCGGGAAACCAGUGCAUUGUUCCAAUCUGUCGGAACUCAUGUGGAGAUGGAUUUUGCUCACGACCAAACAUGUGUACAUGUUCAAAUGGACAGCUGUCUCCCACUUGUGGGGCUGGUGGAGUUAUCAACUGUAAUGUGCGCUGCAUGAAUGGAGGAUCCUGCAGUGAAGAUUCAUGUUCUUGUCAAAAAGGAUACACAGGGACUCACUGUGGACAACCGGUCUGUGAAAAUGGUUGUCAGAAUGGAGGACGUUGCAUUGGGCCCAAUAGAUGUGCGUGUGUCUAUGGCUUUACAGGACCUCAGUGUGAAAGAGAUUACCGGACCGGGCCUUGUUUCACUCAAAUCAGCAACCAGAUGUGUCAGGGCCAGCUCAGUGGUAUUGUGUGUACAAAGACAUUGUGUUGUGCCACCAUUGGCCGUGCCUGGGGUCAUCCAUGUGAAAUGUGCCCUGCUCAACCCCACCCAUGCCGCAGAGGAUUCAUUCCAAAUAUCCGAACUGGAGCCUGUCAAGAUGUUGAUGAAUGUCAAGCCAUACCUGGUCUGUGCCAAGGUGGUAACUGCAUCAACACAGUUGGUUCCUAUGAAUGUAAAUGCCCCGCUGGACACAAACAGAGCGAGACCUCCCAGAAGUGCGAAGAUAUUGAUGAGUGCAGUACCAUACCUAAUGUUUGUGAUGGUGGGGAAUGCACCAAUACUGCUGGAAGCUAUGUUUGCAUCUGUCCUAGAGGGUUUACCACAAGCCUUGAUGGCUCUCGCUGCAUUGAUCAGAGGACUGGCAGCUGUUUCUCUGCUUUAAUUGGGGGCCGAUGUGCUGGGGAACUUCCUGGCCAGUACACAAAAGGACAAUGCUGCUGUGAUACAGCGCGAUGCUGGGCCUUAGGUCAAAUCCCAGAGAUGUGCCCAGUCAGGGGGUCUGAUGAAUACCGUAGACUUUGCAUUGAAAGCCUGCCCUUAGGCCCUUCAUAUCCAGGAACUUUUUCUGUCGGCCCCGGUAGCAUUGGACCUGGAGGUGUUGGCCCUGGAGGACCUAAUGGAUAUGGUCCCAUUGGGGUUGGACCCAAUGGGCAAGGAACAAUAUCUGGCUUACCGAGUGUGGGCACUGAAAUUGGAACUGCUACAUUGAAUCAGACAGGAGAUAUCUGCAAGCACUUCACCAACUUGUGCCAAAAUGGACGCUGCAUCCCUACACCAAAUAGUUAUCGGUGUGAGUGCAACAUGGGUUACAAACAGGACAGCCGACUGGAAUGUAUAGAUGUAGAUGAAUGUGCUAGUAGUCCAUGUAUUCACGGAGACUGUGUGAACACACAAGGAUCAUACCACUGCAGGUGCCAUGAGGGGUUCCAAAGCAACCCCACCAAACAAGCAUGCAUUGACAUUGAUGAAUGUAUAAUGAACGGAGUGAUGUGUCGGAAUGGGCGUUGUGUGAACACAGAGGGCAGCUUCCAGUGUAUCUGUAAUGCUGGCUUUGAGACUACUCCUGAUGGAAAGAAUUGUGUAGAUCACGAUGAGUGUGCAACCACAAACAUGUGUCUGAAUGGAAUGUGCAUUAAUGAGGAUGGCAGCUUUAAAUGUAUCUGUAAACCUGGCUUUGUGCUGGCACCCAAUGGACGCUACUGUGUUGAUGUGGAUGAAUGCCAGACCCCAGGAAUCUGCAUGAAUGGGCGCUGCAUAAACACAGAGGGUUCUUUCCGUUGUGAGUGCCUUGGUGGGCUGACAAUUGGCAUUGAUGGCCGAGUAUGUGUGGACACCCACAUGAGAAGCACCUGCUAUGGAGGCAUUAAAAAGGGCACCUGUGCCCGCCCCUUCCCUGGUGCUGUCACCAAAUCUGAAUGCUGCUGUGCUAACCCUGACCAUGGAUUUGGAGAGCCCUGCCAGCCUUGCCCCGCCAAAAAUUCUGCUGAAUUCCAGGCUCUUUGUAGCAGUGGGAUUGGAAUUACUGCAGAUGGUAGAGAUAUUAAUGAAUGUGCUCUGAACUCUGAAAUCUGUCCCAAUGGCAUUUGCGAAAACUUGCGUGGCAGCUAUCGCUGUAUAUGUAAUGUGGGCUAUGAAUCAGAUGCUAGUGGAAAAAACUGCGUAGAUGUUGAUGAAUGUGCUGUGAACCGCCUGCUUUGUGAUAACGGCCUCUGCAGGAACACUCCUGGCAGCUACACAUGCAGCUGCCCUAAGGGUUACGUCUUCAAACCUGAGUCAGAAACCUGUGAAGAUGUCAAUGAAUGUGCAUCCAACCCCUGUGUUAAUGGGGUCUGCAGGAACAAUGCUGGCUCCUUUGUGUGCGAGUGUUCAUUCGGAAGCAAACUGGAUCCUACUGGGACUAUUUGUGUGGACAGCAUGAAAGGAACCUGUUGGUUAAACAUCCAAGAUGGUCGAUGUGAGGUUAACAUCAACGGAGCUACUCUCAAGUCCGAAUGCUGUGCAACUUUAGGAGCUGCUUGGGGAAGCCCUUGUGAGCGUUGUGAGAUUGACUCUGCAUGUCCAAGAGGAUAUUCCAGGAAGAAGGGAGUUGCUUGUGAAGAUGUUAAUGAAUGUGAAGUCUUCCCCGGAGUUUGUCCCAAUGGGCGCUGUGUGAAUACUGCCGGGUCCUUUAAAUGCGAGUGUCCAGAGGGGCUGACCUUGGAAAGCUCAGGAAGAACAUGUGUUGAUAUACGUGCUGAGCAGUGCUACAUGAAAUGGGAUGAAGAUGAGUGUGCAGCUCCUUUAUCUGGUAAAUACAGAAUGGAUAUGUGCUGCUGCUCUGUGGGUGCUGCCUGGGGUAUUGACUGUGAGGAGUGCCCUAAACCUGGAAGCGAGGAAUAUAAGAACAUUUGCCCAAGAGGACCUGGCUUUGCUAAUAGAGGAGAUGUUCUGUCUGGUCGUCCAUUCUACAAAGAUGUGAAUGAGUGUAAGGUAUUCAAUAGCCUUUGCACUCAUGGAACAUGUCGUAACAGCAUUGGAAGCUUCAGGUGUAUCUGUGACAAUGGUUUUGCUUUGGAUGCUGAAGAAAGGAACUGUACUGAUAUAGAUGAAUGCCGAAUUUCUCCUGACCUAUGCGGACAUGGAACAUGUGUGAACACACCUGGGAGCUUUGAAUGUGAAUGCUUUGAUGGUUAUGAGAGUGGCUUCAUGAUGAUGAAAAACUGCAUGGACAUUGAUGAGUGUGAGAGAGACCCACUACUGUGCAGAGGAGGAACAUGUAUUAACACUGAAGGCAGCUUUGAAUGUAUAUGUCCACCUGGUCACGAGCUGAAUACAGAAGGCAACGCCUGUGUGGAUAUAAAUGAGUGUUCCUUGAGUGAUAACCUGUGCAAGAAUGGACGCUGUGUGAACAUGAUUGGAACAUACCAGUGCUCUUGCGAUUCUGGCUUCCAGUCAACACCUGACCGUCAGGGUUGUAUGGACAUUGAUGAGUGUUCAAUCAUGAACGGAGGAUGUGACACGCAAUGUACCAAUUCAGAGGGCAGCUAUGAGUGCAGCUGUAGUGAAGGAUAUGCACUGAUGCCAGAUACGAGAUCCUGUGCAGAUAUUGAUGAAUGUGAGGACAACCCAGAUAUCUGUGAUGGAGGGCAGUGUACCAAUAUCCCUGGAGAGUAUCGCUGCUUGUGCUUUGAUGGCUUCAUGGCUUCUCUAGAUAUGAAGACGUGUGUAGAUGUUAAUGAAUGUGACCUGAACCCAAACAUCUGCCUGCAUGGAGAUUGUGAGAACACUAAAGGUUCUUUCAUCUGUCACUGUCAGUUGGGUUACUUUGUGAAGAAGGGAACCACAGGAUGCACAGAUGUUGAUGAAUGUGAAAUAGGAGCACACAACUGCGAUGUGCAUGCAUCUUGCAUCAAUGUACCCGGAAGCUUUAAAUGCAAAUGUCGAACUGGUUGGAUUGGAGAUGGCCUUACAUGUAUUGAUCUUGAUGAAUGCUCUUCAGAGGAACAUAACUGUAACGCAAAUGCCAACUGUGUAAACACUCCUGGCUCAUACAGAUGUGCAUGCAAUGAAGGAUUCAAUGGGGACGGUUUUACUUGCUCAGAUGUUGAUGAGUGUGCAGACAAUGUAAAUCUGUGUGAAAAUGGUCAUUGCUUAAAUGCGCCCGGAGGGUACCGCUGUGAGUGUGAAAUGGGAUUCACUCCUACUGAGGACAGCAAAGCUUGUCAAGAUAUUGAUGAGUGCACUUUCCAGAAUAUUUGUGUAUUUGGGACAUGCCAGAAUCUGCCAGGAAUGUUCCGCUGUAUCUGCGAUGAUGGUUAUGAGCUUGACAGAAGUGGAGGAAACUGUACUGAUGUGAAUGAAUGUGCUGACCCAGUGAACUGUAUCAAUGGUCUGUGCGUGAACACUCCAGGAAGUUACUUGUGCAAUUGCCCACAGGACUUUGAAUUAAAUCCCACUGGAGUUGGUUGUGUUGAUACUCGAGUAGGAAACUGCUACUUGGAAACACUGACAAGAGGAGAUGCUAGCCUUGCUUGUAGUGCUGAGAUUGGAGUAGGUGUUACACGAGCAUCCUGCUGUUGCUCCCUGGGACGUGCCUGGGGAAACCCUUGUGAAAGCUGCCCUCUUGGCAACUCUACUGAAUAUAAAACACUCUGCCCAGGAGGAGAGGGAUUCAGACCAAAUCCUAUAACAGUUAUUUUAGAAGAUAUUGAUGAAUGCCAGGAACUCCCUGGACUGUGUCAGGGUGGCAACUGUGUAAACACGUUUGGAAGUUUCCAGUGCGAGUGUCCACUUGGCUACUACCUGAAUGAGGAAACCCGCAUUUGUGAAGACAUUGAUGAGUGCUCUGCUCACAUUGGAAUCUGUGGACCGGGUACAUGUUACAACACACUUGGGAACUACACCUGUGUUUGCCCUCCAGAGUAUAUGCAAGUCAACGGAGGAAACAAUUGUAUGGAUAUGAGGAAAAGCGUGUGUUACCGUAACUACAAUGAUACAUGUGAGAAUGAACUGUCCACAAACAUGACAAAGAAAAUGUGCUGCUGUUCCUACAACAUCGGAAAAGCGUGGAACAAACCUUGUGAGGCAUGUCCGGUGCCAGCCAGUCCUGAAUACCAAAUUCUAUGUGGAAACCAAGCACCUGGUUUUAUUAUUGAUAUCCGAACUGGUAAACCUAUGGAUAUUGAUGAGUGCAGUGAAAUUCCUGCAAUUUGCACCAAUGGAGUCUGCAUCAACCAGAUUGGCAGCUUCCGUUGCGAAUGUCCAAUGGGAUUCAGCUACAACAACAUUCUUCUCAUCUGCGAAGACAUUGAUGAGUGCAGCAGUGGAGAGAACCUGUGCCAGAUAAAUGCAGAUUGCAUUAACAUCCCAGGCUCAUACCGCUGUGAAUGUUCAAGUGGCUAUAAGCUAUCACCUAGUGGAGCUUGCGUUGGCCGAAAUGAAUGUAAUGAGAUCCCAAAUGUGUGCAGCCAUGGAACAUGUAUGGAUACAACUGGAAGCUAUAUCUGCAUCUGUCACAAUGGAUUUAAAGCAACUGCCGACCAAACCAUGUGCAUGGAUAUUGAUGAGUGUGAUCGCCAGCCUUGCGGCAAUGGUACUUGCAAGAACACCGUGGGCUCUUAUAACUGCCUCUGCUUCCCUGGCUUUGAACUGACUCACAACAAUGACUGCAUGGACAUAGAUGAAUGCUCUUCCUUUGCGGGACAAGUAUGCCGAAAUGGACAGUGCAUUAACAACAUUGGGUCCUUCCAGUGUCUGUGUCAUGAAGGCUAUGAAAUCACUCCAGAUGGAAAGAAUUGUGUUGAUAUUAAUGAGUGCGUUAGCUUACCUGGGACCUGCGCUCCAGGCACGUGUCAAAAUCUGGAAGGAUCCUUCCGCUGUAUCUGCCCCCCAGGCUAUGCAGUACAGAAUGACAACUGCAUCGAUAUUAAUGAAUGUGAUGAUGAGCCCAACAUCUGUCUCUUUGGAACCUGUACUAACACUCCUGGCAGUUUCCAGUGUGUAUGUCCUCCAGGAUUUAUCUUGUCUGAUAAUGGGCGUCGUUGCUUUGAUACUCGUCAGAGUUUCUGCUUCACUCAGUUUGAUAAUGGAAAAUGCUCAGUGCCUAAAGCCUUCAACACUACAAAAUCAAAGUGCUGCUGCAGCACAAUGGCUGGCGAGGGCUGGGGAGAUCCCUGUGAGCUCUGUCCACAGGAAGGAACUGUGGCUUUCCGAGAACUCUGCCCAUAUGGUUUUGGCUCCAUCCCUAACAUUGGCGAUACCAGAGAAGAUGUCAAUGAAUGUGCUGAGAACCCCGGUAUUUGCAUCAAUGGAGUCUGUAUUAACACUGAUGGCUCUUUCCGAUGUGAAUGUCCCUUUGGGUAUAAUCUAGACUACACCGGGGUUAACUGUGUAGAUACGGAUGAGUGCUCCAUUGGAAACCCAUGUGGAAACGGAACAUGCUCCAAUGUGGUUGGAGGAUUUGAAUGUGCUUGUGAUGAAGGUUUCGAACCAGGGCCUAUGAUGACUUGUGAAGAUAUCAAUGAGUGCACAAACCCUCUUCUGUGUGCUUUCCGCUGCAUAAACACUUAUGGAUCAUAUGAAUGCACCUGCCCAUCUGGAUAUACUCUGAGAGAGGACCGCAGGAUGUGCAAAGAUUUAGAUGAAUGUACAGAAGGUCUACAUGACUGUGAAUCCCGAGGAAUGAUGUGUAAGAAUCUGAUUGGUACAUUCAUGUGUAUCUGCCCACCAGGCAUGCAGCGGCGCCCAGAUGGAGAAGGUUGCAUGGAUGAAAAUGAAUGUCGUACAAAGCCUGGAAUCUGCCCCAAUGGACGCUGUGUGAAUACUAUUGGAAGUUACAAGUGUGAUUGCAAUGAAGGCUUCCAAGUUAGCGCUUCUGCAACAGAAUGUAUUGACACACGCCAAGGAUCUUGUUUCACCGAAGUGCUACAAACAAUGUGCCAACUUUCAUCUACAAAUCGUAACAUGGUCACCAAGUCAGAAUGCUGCUGUAAUGGAGGACGGGGCUGGGGUAACCAGUGUGAACUCUGUCCCCUUCCUGGAACAGGACCAUUUAAGAAGAUGUGCCCACAUGGCCCUGGCUUCACUACUGAUGGCAGAGAUAUUGAUGAAUGUAAAGUGCUUCCUAACCUGUGCAAAAAUGGCCAGUGCAUAAAUACCAUUGGAUCUUUCCGCUGUCACUGUAAUUUGGGCUACACCACAGACAUUACUGGAACAACUUGUGUCGAUUUGGAUGAAUGUUCUCAGUCUCCUAAACCUUGCAACUUCAUAUGUAAGAAUACAGAGGGCAGCUAUCAGUGCUCUUGUCCAAGAGGCUACAUCAUGCAAGAAGAUGGCAAGACCUGCAAAGAUUUGGAUGAAUGUUCCACCAAACAGCACAACUGUCAAUUCCUGUGUGUUAACACCAUUGGAAGCUUCAACUGCAAAUGUCCACCCGGUUUUACUCAGCACCAGUCCUCUUGCAUUGAUAACAAUGAGUGCAGUGCUCAACCAUCCUUGUGCGGCUCCCGUGGUAUGUGCCAAAACAGCCCUGGUAGCUACACCUGUGAGUGCCAGAAAGGUUUUACACUAGAUAACGCUGGCAGCAACUGUGAAGAUGUGGAUGAGUGUGAUAGCAACCACCGUUGUCAACAUGGCUGCCAGAAUGUCCUAGGAGGAUAUCGCUGUGGCUGCCCACAGGGCUAUGUUCAGCACUAUCAGUGGAACCAGUGUGUUGAUGAGAAUGAAUGUUCCAGCCAGUCCACUUGUGGUUCCGCCUCCUGCUACAACACUUUGGGAAGCUUCAAGUGCAUAUGUCCUUCUGGAUUUGAUUUUGAGCAGUCUUUUGGAGGGUGCCAGGAUGUUGAUGAAUGUUCAUCUGGGGCAAGCCCUUGUAGUUAUGGUUGUUCCAACACUGAUGGUGGCUAUCUUUGUGGAUGUCCUGGAGGAUAUUUCCGAGCUGGCCAAGGGCAUUGUGUGUCUGGCUUAGGAUUUGGCAAAGGUUCUUAUCUACCAGCUCCUGUGGAAGAAGAUGAAGAAAACAUCUUGUCCCCUGAAAACUGCUACGAGUGCAAGGUCAACGGGUAUCCAAAGAGAGGAAGGCAGCGACGCAGCACAAAUUCCACCUCUGAACAUGAGGUAAGAGAUAAACUAACUCACAGCAUGGCUAGCCUUGACAUCGAUGGACCAAUUAAGAUGAACUUCAACAUGUCCCAUUUGACAAACAAAGAACAUAUCAUGGAUUUAAUGCCAGCGGUCCAGCCACUGAUCAACCAUGUACGCUAUGUCAUCUCUCAGGGUAACGAGGAUAACAACUUUCGCAUUCAUCAGAAGGAGGGUCAAAGUUUCUUGCAUCUUGGCCGCAAAAAGGUAACUCCAGGUUUGUAUAACCUGGAGAUUACCAGCGUGCCUCUAUACCGCAAGAAGGAACUGCAGAAAUUAGAGGAUGAGAAAGACUUCAACUACCUCAAUGGGGAAAUAGGCCAAACACUCAAGAUGAAACUUCAGAUCCAACUUUAUUAAGAUCAGAAACAAUUCUUACGUGGCCUUCACAAGAUUUGAACUUAAAUUUAUAGAGAAAGUCUUCUUCUGUCUUCUCUUUAAUUAGCAAGCUUUUGUGUCAGAACCUCAGCACUAAGGCAUAAAAUUGAUGGGAAAUGUGGAAUAUGAGUUCAGCUGUGACCAAUGUCCAUAUGUAUUUUAGGAUUAUUUUCAUAGUAUUUUUGUUAUGUAAAAAAUGGGAGGGGUAAGAGUGACAGGAGGGCAGAGUGUUCAAUGGAUAUGAUGCAUCAGAUGCCCUGAGCAAAGUUACGGAUUUGUACAAGCAGAUGGAGGGCAAAUUCUCCAAAUGCCUUUCCUUUUUUUUUUACCAAAAGCUCUAACAUGGAUGCCAAUGACAGAAAGGACUCUAGUGCCUUAAAGUGCCUUACAAGUGGCCUUGAGAAUACAGCAGUGUUGCAGCAGAAGCUUUUUAUACCUAAGUGCUACAAUACUGUGUAUAUGGUGCUUCUAAAAGAAGUUCAAAAUACAUAGUGUACUGUAAGAGUGGUCACUGGAAUUCCCAGAUUAAUAUAAUGAAUGUUUUUGUAUUUUUAUUCUUUUUGUUUAAAAGAUUUGAAUAUUUGUACUGUAAUUACAGCAUCAUUACUGCUACUAGCAAGUGUAGGCAGCCAGAGAUGAGAGUUGAUAUAAACCAUUUUAUUUGCAGUUUGGGCUCUCUGUUGUCAUCAUGCAUAGCCUUUAUGCUGCUGAU